AUGUCAUCCCAAAGCGAACUUCUCUGGUUUAAUUAUGCCAAACAAAUUUAUAAGAUUGCUAACCCUAACCCUAACCAAUCGAACGCUGCUUUUUAUAUCAAUUCAGCCUUUCAAUUUGUUGACUACGCAAACGAUGAUGUCAACGUUGGUAAUUAUCAAUUGUACCGAGAUGGAAACACUAUUCCUGCAUUGAAUAGUCCGCAAUUUGCACCAUCCGGCAGCGUUGACUCCGGCUACCAGAAAUACGUAAAUGCAAUCGAUACUAAGGGCGACCCGUCACCUAUUGCAAAAGCUCAAUUGCAGGCCGCCCAGCAAGCGCUAGAUACGGAACAAAGUCACUACUUACAAGUAACGAAAGAUGCUUUACUCAAAUAUGUAGAAAUUGAGAAGGCUUCUAAGCUUGCCGGGGUCUACGUACCUCCGUUCGAUAUUUGGGUUGUGAAUAAUUAUCCAGCGUAUGCCGCUGCUGGCAACUCACGAGAUGCCGCUAGUCUCAAAUAUUAUACUGCACUGCAAAAUUACUAUGGUCAAGACUUCCAGGCAAUAGAGGCUAUGCAUAAAGCGUUGGAUGCUGCUUUGGAUCCUUCAAAGCCCGCCCCUGGUUAUAACAUGCCUGUCAAUCCAACGAAUCCAAUUGAGGCCGAGAAUUCUAGCAGUGAUAACAACCCAGUGAAAAAUCCAGUUUCAUCUGUUCUAUUUUACAAACCUCUUUACUCGAUUGCGUCUUCUUACAAACCUACGGUUGAUGCGUGGAUACAAACAUACAAUAUUCUUUCAUACACCCCUCAGUACACGUUUAAUAUUUCAAGCAAAAGUUUCGAACAAGUCAAUUGGUCCUCUUUAGGAAUCUCUGAUACAAGUAGUGGGGGUGGCGGUUUUGUGGGUAUACCUUUUCUUUGUGGGAUCUCUGGCUCGGGGUGGUCUACAACGAAGGAACAACGAACUGACAUACAGGUUAAUACGGAAAGCGACCAAUUCAAUGUCACUAUUUCUUAUGCUGGCAUUGGUGUAUUUGAUAUUACACCCGGAAGCUGGUUCAGCUAUGGCACCUUCAGCAACUACACUCAAUUACGACCCGGUACCGACACGCAUUUUUUUGAUGGCCCUAAUCCAUCCCUUCUUCCCAUUCCGUAUAAAGUCGUCGUCGGUUUUGCUCCAAAGAUUGUUUUAAAGGUGGAUCAAGCGUCAUACCUGCAAUUCCAAUCGACCUAUCAUAAAGAAGUAGUUACAAAGAGUGGUGGCGGUAUUUCUAUAUUUGGUAUUACUAUUGGCGGUGGUAGUACUAGUUAUGAAAGCAUAUCUUCUGAUUAUAGCAAGGUGGCGUUUGAUGAUGAGCAAACAACUGUUACGAUCGGCCCAUUUGAGUCUACAAUUCCAUACCUUUUGGGCAUAUUGGCGACUAAAACUCCCAGCAUCAAUUCGGAAAAGGUUGCCGACGUGCAAAAUAGCUUGAACUUUUUUGUAGAAAGUUUGGAGCCAUCCCAUCAAGAACGUCUCGCAUCAGUUGUGAAGCACACCGUUUUGCCAUCCCAUGACAAACAAAAAAUUGGAGAACGAGUUGCAACUUUCUUUUCCAAUGUUGAGAAUAAAAGCAACAAUCUCAAAUCCUUCGGAUUAGCUAAAGCUCGUUUCCAAGCUCUUGUUUUACCGUCAUUACGAGCAGCAUGGGAAAAUAAGUCUUCAUCUGGAUUGGCAAAACAGUAUCACAAUCUGAUCGCACAUCAUGUUGCAUAUCUACUUCAUUCAAAAAACUUUAUCGAUAAAAAUACGCUAUCUUUACUAACCAGUCAUGAAGAUGCUCAUGUUUUAGGAUAUCAUAUUGCACGUUCCCUGGGCAACGUAGUUUGA